AUGGAGCGGCAUCUUCUAGAUGCGUAUCGAAGCUCGUACAAGGGUCAUCAAAAGUCGCGAUCCCGCCGGCCUAAAUACCGAAGCUCUCUCCCUCUCCAGUCUGCUCCUCAGUUCCGUCGUACUCAUCCAUCCUCACGCCCAAUCUCGCCAGUCGUAUUCCCCGUCGUCCUUCACCGUUCAAAUCCGUCAAAAUGGCCACCACCGUCCGCUCCAUCAAGGCUCUCGUCCCCCUUCUUGACCGCGUCCUCGUCCAGCGCGUCAAGGCCGAGGCCAAGACUGCCUCCGGCAUCUUCCUUCCCGAGUCCUCCGUUAAGGACCUCAACGAGGCCAAGGUCCUCGCUGUUGGCCCCGGUGCCUUCGACAAGGACGGCAAGCGCCUCCCCAUGGGCGUCAACGCUGGCGACCGCGUCCUCAUCCCCCAGUACGGCGGUUCCCCCGUCAAGGUCGGCGAGGAGGAGUACACUCUCUUCCGCGACAGCGAGAUCCUUGCCAAGAUCAACGAGUAAAUUCGUUGACUCAGCAUAA